AAUUGGUCGUUCGCCGACAACCUUUAUUAUUAUUAUGCUUCAAGGGGAGCACUAUGUAUUGGGGAUAACGACUUUGGAUUGUACAACGAUAUGAUCUUGUAAUUCAAUUCUAUUGGGUCUUUAAUUUCGCAUCACACCUCUACGAGCCUUCCGGCCUUGCGCCCAUCCACGCCUCACCACGCCGAACAAGUUCACCAUGGAUUCAAGUCAUGGGUAUGGCUAUGGCUAUGGAUACAACUACCAGAAUGGCCAUAAUGGGUCAACUGGCGCGUCUUCCUCAAGUGAAACCCGUCAAAUGAGGCCACGACCAUUCACCGUCGACGAAGCUCUUCCAUAUUCACCUUUUUCUUCUGUCGUUCCCUUCAAUUCUGAUAUUAUCCCUCUACCCACAAUAGGACUUGGUUCUUCCUCUUCGUUAUUUUCAAAUGCAGCAGAAACUCAACAAGGCAGAGAAAGUCUAGAAAGCUUGAACGCCGAAGCAACGAACCCAUAUCAGACCUCGCAGCGCCUGCAGAGAACUCUGAAAGAUCUUGAACAGUUGCUUAAACCAGAGGAUCAUACCAUAUAUAACUUCAAGAUCGGACCAAAGAUCGCAUCACUUCCUGAUGCUACUUCAUUGAAACCAAACCUUUCACCCUUUGCACAGAUGCUAUACGACUCAACCAAAGUGGAGUAUAAGAGAGCGGAGCGUCUAGAAGUGCCAGCUAUGAGGCAUAAAAUCCAGAAGCAGAGGACCAAGUCGCAAUCCAAGUCGAGAAAUUCAAGUAGCAGCUAUGUGAAUUCGAUUUCGCAGGCCCAUACUGCGAAUACAAACACCACUAUAUUUUCUGAAGCCACUACCACGAAGCCUGCUGCUGAAUAUGCGAUCGUCGCGCCUAAAGCAAAGUCACAAAUCGCGGUCGAAAUUCCUUUGCCAAAGGCACUUGCGCCUGUUCACAAACCAAGUCCAAGCCCUGCGUCAAAUUUACAUGUCAUGAAGAUCAGUCCCAAAAUAGCGCCUAUUCAAUCAUCGGUCCCUCCACAAGCUGCACCGGCCGCUUUCCAGGAUGGCAAGCAAAGUCAGAACAUCCCACUAUCUUCCUCACAACCAGGCAUAUCCGUUGUCAUUCCGCAAUCACAGAUAAAACCAGAGGAAUACAAGGUUGUAGAACCUCUUCCAGACUCUCCUGAAAGUCCUCCCAAGAACCGAAGACGAGCGGGCUCUGAUGAAUAUGAAGGGAAUGUCUCUGGAGUGAUCGACCAAAGAGAGAAGGCCGAUAUUGCCGCGCGAAACCUUCGAGAAUAUCUUCAAGAUGUUUUUGAGGCCGAAAAUCAAUUCCAGCCUGAAACUAACAUCUCUAGCAAUUUUCUUAUCUCGACGAACGAGGGAAUUGGCCUUGCGGCCAAUGCUCAAAUGCGACUCGAGGGCCUCUUGAACAGGAUUAUUGAAGUUGGCAGAAUCAAACAGGUUCCCUUGGAAGACUUGAUUCGAAUUCAAAAAUUGUCCGAAGCUGCUUUAAAAGAAGCUGAGACACUCGACUUGAAGAUCGACGAGGAGAUGGGAGAGUCAGAUGUCGAAAGUCUGAUUUUACAAAUUUCGAAUGCAGAACUUGGACUCAAAUCUGCUCGCACCUCGCUCAGAAUUAUGACUGGCGGGCGUGACGAGAAGCAGUUAUACUCGGAAGACCUAAUUCAAUCCGCUCUGAAUGCCUUCAAAAAUAUUAUGGAGAAUUUCAUAAUCCCGAUUGUGGAACUUCGUAGCACGGGGUCGACUUCAACAUUGUUUAAGCUCCUAUCUGCCCAGAAGAAAGCUAUCCUUAAUCUACUUGCUCAAUGCAGACGCCUUUUGUCACUCAUGGCAGUUCUCGUGGCCAAUAUUGAUUUAUCUGAAACGGUCAUCAACAGUCUUGAAUAUGCAGCUUCCAAACUAAUAUUUGUCGAGAAUGCUCAUGCGGAGAAAGACUCCGUACUUGGUAUCCCCAAAUUCGACAAUCUUAGAGUCAUAGCGAUGGAUGUACUUGGACAAGUAUUCAACAACAAUCCAAAAGAAAGAGCAGAAAUCUUUAAUGAAAUCCUGACAUCCCUGGAGAAGCUUCCUGUUACCAAACAGAGCGCUAGACAAUUUAAAUUGGCGGAUGGGGGAAGCAUUCAACUUGUCUCGGCAUUGAUUAUGAAGCUGAUUCAGACAAGUGCCAGCAAGACGGACGAUGCGAAAGAGAAGCGAAGACGAAAGGCACAGGAUGCCCUAACUGGAGAUGAUGAGGGCCAAGAGGAUGGAAUCAAUGAUGCUGAUAAUCGUCGACGAUACGAUACAGAAAGAAGAGCAAUCGAGCAGAACGUCACAGCGAUCCAAGAGCUGAAAGACUGCGGAGCUUCACUACUGGAAAGUGCGACACAGAACACAGGAUAUGUGGUCAACUUCAUUGUUAGUAGAGCAAUUAAAUCUACGAAGAAUGGCGAUACACCUUACCGGAAUCUGCUAGACCUCUUUGUCGAAGACUUUAAAAAAACACCUGCUCCUGCCAAGAAUAUGGCCCUUGAUCUUCUUGGGUCAAUGGGUGCAGCAAUCUCGGAAUUGCACUUCCAUGUUCGAAAGAGUGCCGCCUCGCUUGAAAAUCGAGAUGGACGCAUGGGACAGGCUCUUUCAAGAAUGGUUGAAGAAUCACUUAAACACGAAGCAAAUACUCAUGAGAUCUUGACAUGGGGUGGACCUUACUUCAUGUGCCUAGAUUUCAUGGAAGGCCGCUGCUUUGCCGAUCCUCAGCUAGCCAGCAGUAUUUCUCUCUUGAUUGUUGAAUGGGCUUCACAAUUAGCAGAUGAAUAUGACAACAUUCCUGAUAGUGAUCCUGAUCACGAGCGCAUCGAGGAGAACUAUGGUAAAGUGGCAUACCGACUUAGGAUGAUGAUCACAGAUAAAAAAUGGUAUUCUACAGAAUAUGGUCAUGGCUCAGUUGAUCCUAGUCAUGCCCGCUUAGCUUACUCUGUGACCUUGUUGCAUUCAACCUUUUGUACAUCAUUCAGUCGUGUGCUGGAUAUACUACUUCGAUCAAUGUUCAGCGAACAAGCUACCGUCAGAAGUAAGAGUCUGAAGAGUGUAAACCAGGUUCUGGAAACAGAUCCAACCAUUCUUGAAAGAGAGCCUACCGCCAAGCAAAUGAUUUUGAGGUGCUCAAAUGAUCCUUCAGUUGGUGUAAGAGAUUCGGCAUUGGGUCUCAUCGGAAAAUGCAUCUCAUUGGUACCAUCACUCGAGGUGGAGAUGACUCCUAGUAUCCUUCACCGUGUCAAUGAUAGUGGUGUCGGUGUUCGAAAACGAGCCAUGAAACUACUAAAAGACAUCUAUUUGAACAACACCAAUAAAGAUGUCAGGGCUUCUAUUGCAGAUGCUAUCCUCUAUAGAGUCACCGACCUUGAUGACGGUGUUCAAGAAUUAGCUCGGUCAACGAUUGAGGAAGUUUGGAUGUUACCUUUCUACAAAAUAACUGCAUCUGAAGAUACAUCAGUUCAAGCAAAACUUGCUAUUUCGGAUCACGUUACCUUGAUCGUCAAGACGGCCCAAAGACAAAAUGGAACCUCUGGUGUGUUAGACAAAGUGCUUCAAAAUCUACUUUCACCAAAGUCGAAAUACCCUGACGCGAAUUUCAAGGUCUGCAAAGCACUUGUUGCUGCUAUGUUUGAGACCAUUAUUGAUAACGCCGCUUCUGAGGAUUCCGAUGCACCAAACAUUCGGGAAUCUCUAGAAGUACUCACCAUAUUUGCCAAGUCCAAUGCAAAUCUAUUCACAGCUGAUCAAAUCCAAUUAUUACAGCCAUAUGUUGCAAACGUCGGUAGUGGUGAUGAAGCUGCUAUCUAUCGUUCAGUUGUUAUCAUCUUCCGCUACGUCCUUCCCAGUUUACCUAAGGUUCAACAUGGUUUCCUCACUGAGAUUAGGAAGCAUCUUUUGCCAACCAUGACACGCAGUCCCAAAUCUAUUUUAGAUGACAUUGUUGCGUGUUUAUGGAUCAUUAGUAGUGUCCUUGACGAUUAUCAUAACUUAACAAGAGUCGUAUUAUCUAGUUUGGCUGGUAUUCAGAAGAUGAAAAGCAUCGAUUUGAACGAUCCGAAGCGAGCUGAUCUUGUUAAGAAAUUGACAAAACUUCUCCUUAUUUGUGGCAUGUGUGGUAAGCACUGCGACCUUGAUCCUCAACAUGAGAUUUUCAAGGAGAAGGAGUUUCCAAAGAUGAAAGGCAACUCGGUUUCGAAACUGAUGGUUGAUACUUUUGCACCAUUUGCGACACCUUCUCAGCCUAUGGAGGUUCGGAAGCAUGCGCUUGAUGCAAUGGGUAUGGUCUGUCAAUCUUGGCCGAAGAACUUUUCCGCCGCCAACGUUUACACCACAUUUAUCCAAGUAUUUAGUGAUCAGGAUUUAGAAUUGGAGACGAUUGUGAUGAGAGCCUUCAAGGAAUAUCUUUCGAUUGAGGAAAAGCGAUCAGAGGAAAGUGGCGAUGGUGCGGUCGGCACUGGCACAGAUUCAAAGGCGAAAUUGGGUGUCAUGGGCGGCAGUCAAGGUGACGGUGUUGCAUUGGACAUCGCACAGAGAUUUUUGAAAGAUAUUGCUCGCAUUGCGCUUGGUAGCCAAGAUAAGGAAGCACUUCUUGCUGCAGAGGUUGUGGCAAGCAUCAAUAGACAAGGUCUUGUCCAUCCCAAGGAAACUGCUUGCACCCUCAUCGCCCUGGAAACUUCACCUACCAGCAAAAUUGCCGACAUUGCAUUCAGGGAGCACAGGGCUCUUCACGAGAAGCAUGAGACGAUUCUUGAGAAGGAAUAUAUGCGAGCUGUUUUGGCUGCGUACGCAUACCAGCGAGAUGUAGUCAAGGACACUCAUGGUGCUACACUUAAUCCUUUCACUUCGAAACUCUGGAUGAUGAUUGAAAUCAUGAAAAUCAGUAAAGUCAAGAACAGAAAGAAAUUGUUCGAUAGCCUAUGCUCUCGAAUCAAUUUUGACCCGGCAAAACUCGACACUAUUGAAGAUCUACCACAUCAUUUGGAUUUCGCACAAUUCAUCAUCGAGAAUCUAGCUUUCUUCGAAUAUCAAACUGUGGAUGAAUUAUUAUCAACUAUCGAUUCGAUGGAAAAAUUGGUUGCUGGUACAGGUACGGGCAUUGCUCAUGCGAUUGAGACAGAGGUCCUUCAUAUCAGCCUCGACCAACCAGCAAAUGAAACCGAUGCAAAUGGUCAUAUUCAUCCAGAAGUACCAAAGCGAGAUCUAAUGCGCCUACAACAACUCACUGCAAUUUCAAUCAUGCUUACGAAUUUGUGGGAGGCUCGUACAUAUCUUCGACGUCAGUUUGGAUUGAUGAAUAGAGAUGGAAAAGUCAAAGGUGCAACCAGAGAUCUUAGCCGGACUCCGGUAAAGGUAACAAGCGUCUCUGGAGACAAAUUCUGGAGCGAAGUUUGUGGUAGAAUGACUAGUUGCGAGUCUGAGGACAAAAUGGAAGCGCAAUGUCGAGCCUUUGUGGAACUACUCAAUGUAGAUCACGACUUCAAGGUUUCAGCAGAAAACGACGAGAUUGACGAGAGAGGUAGAAUGAGUACGCCUAGUGAUGAUGAAGACGGCACACCAGGCCCGCCGGGUGGCAGCGGAAGAGGCCGUAAGAGAAAGGCUGGUACCAAUGGAUCUACAGGGGGGCGAAAGAAGCGAGCUAGGUCCAGUUCAAUCUCAAGAGGACGAGGUAAACCAAAAGGAGCGAGUUUAAUUUCCGGAAAGGGAGCUUCUGUUGAGCGCAACGAUGAAGGCGACUGGGAUAAUUGA